CCUGUACUUCGUAUCAUUUCGACAUUUCAACACUCGCGAAUAAGUCGAUUCUCCCCUGCGAAAAAGUACAAUUGCAAUUGCUAUAAACAUUGAAAUUAGUGAACAUGAAAUUCCCCCAAAUUCAUUUGCUGGACCGAAGUUCUAGACAUCAAUUUCUGGCAGUGAUCGUCAUUAAUUUUGCAACCACAUCAACUUCGAUGUUCAUGGGCUGGCUGGCACCAAAUAUACCCCAGCUCCUGACAACUGAUACCCCAGUUGGUGAAGAACCGAUGUCUGAUGAUGAAAUUUCUUGGCUAUCUUCAAUUGGAUCUCUCAUGCCACUCAUCAUUCUACCGAUAGCAGCGUGGGCAUUGGAACGUUUUGGCAGAAAAAUUACUGGAUGUUUCAUGGCCCUUCCCAUCACUUUGAGUUGGCUGAUGGCUUUAUUUGCUCAAAACUUCUGGCAACUUCUGAUUUCUCGGAUACUCGGGGGAGUUUCUCUCGCCCUGAUGGGGGCAGUAAUUCCGGUUUAUAUCGCUGAAAUUUCCGAUCAAUCAACGAGAGGACCACUUGGAAGCCUUUUCGCAUUUAGUAUGAAUCUAGGACCUUUAAUUUCCCUGAUUUUUGGCGCAACAUUGACUUAUCGUCAAGCUGGAAUAUGUGGAAUGAUUCUCCCACCGAUUUUCAUCGCCAUUUUUGGUUUCAUGCCGGAGUCACCGAUUUACUUACUCAGGAAAGGAAAAGUUGCAGAAGCUAGAAAAUCUCUGAUGUGGCUGAGAAGUUGUGAUAAGACAACGGUCGAGCGAGAAUUAUCUCAGCUUCAGCAGAGCCUCCAGGAAAUAGUGGAAUCUACCAAAACUCCGACUCUGAAGGACUUGUUCCGAGAUCGUGCUACAAUCAAAGCGUUCAUCAUUGCUUCUGGUCUAUUUAUUGGACAGCACGUGACUGGUUAUACAAUUGUGGUGACAUACGCAACGCUGAUGUUCAAACUUGCGAAGAGUUCAUUGAGUCCGAAUGCCGCUGCUAUAGUGAUCGCGGUGAUUCAAAUUUUUGGUUCCUGGUUAUCGACAAUGACAAUCAAUCUGACUGGAAGAAGAUCCAUUAUUAUGAUUUCAUGUGUAGGAAUGGGAAUUUGUCAUUUAAUUUUUGGCACUUUUUUUCUACUCAUGAAUCGAAAUGUUGAUGUUGAAUCGUUUUCCUGGCUUCCACUUGUUGCUUUAUCAGCAUACGCCAUAUCAUAUUCCAUGGGAAUUGGCCCAGCUGCUUAUGUCGUUGCUACUGAAAUUUUCAGUCCUGACAUCGCCAGUUUGGGUACUUCAAUAUCUAUGAUGUUACUUUGGUCCGCUAGUUUUGUCACUGCCAAACUAUUUCCGUUGAUAUCGUCUCGGUAUGGAAGCUACACAUCCUUCUACAUUUUGGUGGCAUUCUGCGCUUCUACGUGUAUAUUCACGUUCAUUCUUGUACCGGAGACUAAAGGAAGAUCAACGCAGUCAAUUGUUGAAGAGCUGAACGGUAAAAAAACGAGAAAUGAUCACCCGAAUUUGGAUGAAGGAAAUUGCACGACGAAAGUUUAAAUU